AUGGAGUCGGUAAAACAAAGGAUUUUGACCCCCGGCAAAGAGGGAAUGAAGAAUUUUGCUGGGAAAUCGCUCGGUCAGCUCUACAGAGUCCUAGAGAAGAAACAGAAGCCUGGGGACAACAUCGAACUGACAGAAGAUGGGAAACCCCUGGAAGCGCCCGUUAAGAAAGCCCCAAUGUGCGACUGUGCCUGCUUUGGGCUCCCCCGGAGGUACAUCAUUGCCAUCAUGAGUGGACUGGGAUUCUGCAUCUCUUUUGGAAUCCGUUGUAAUUUGGGAGUAGCCAUCGUGGAUAUGGUCAAUAACAGCACCAUACACCGAGGAGGAAAAAUUAUUAAAGAGAAAGCGAAGUUUAAUUGGGACCCUGAAACAGUUGGCAUGAUCCAUGGCUCUUUUUUCUGGGGAUAUAUAGUCACUCAAAUCCCUGGGGGAUAUAUAGCAUCCAGACUAGCAGCUAACAGGGUGUUUGGGGCUGCUAUAUUGCUGACCGCCACACUGAAUAUGCUAAUACCAUCUGCUGCUAAGGUGCAUUAUGGGUGUGUCAUCUUUGUCCGGAUCUUGCAGGGCCUUGUAGAGGGUGUCACUUAUCCUGCCUGCCAUGGGAUAUGGAGCAAGUGGGCCCCUCCUUUAGAAAGAAGUAGGCUAGUAACCACUUCUUUUUGUGGUUCCUAUGCAGGAGCUGUUAUUGCAAUGCCUUUAGCUGGGAUUCUAGUGCAAUAUACUGGAUGGUCUUCUGUGUUUUAUGUGUAUGGGAGCUUUGGGAUGGUCUGGUAUAUGUUUUGGCUUUUGGUGUCAUAUGAGAGUCCUGCAAAGCACCCAACGAUCACAGACGAAGAGCGCAGAUACAUAGAGGAGAGCAUUGGAGAGAGUGCCAACCUCCUAGGUGCAAUGGAAAAAUUCAAGACUCCAUGGAAAAAAUUUUUUACUUCUAUGCCUGUCUAUGCAAUAAUUGUUGCAAACUUCUGUAGAAGCUGGACUUUUUAUUUGCUGCUUAUUAGUCAGCCUGCUUACUUUGAAGAGGUGUUUGGGUUUGAAAUAAGCAAGGUGGGUAUGUUAUCUGCUGUGCCGCAUUUAGUGAUGACCAUUAUUGUGCCUAUCGGGGGACAGAUUGCAGAUUUCCUAAGAAGCAGGCAAAUUCUUUCAACUACUACCGUGAGAAAGAUAAUGAAUUGUGGAGGUUUUGGUAUGGAAGCAACUCUUCUUCUGGUGGUGGGGUAUUCUCAUAGUAAAGGAAUGGCUAUUUCAUUCUUAGUACUCGCUGUGGGCUUCAGUGGAUUCGCCAUAUCCGGAUUCAAUGUCAACCAUUUAGAUAUAGCCCCAAGGUAUGCCAGCAUCUUAAUGGGAAUUUCUAAUGGAGUUGGGACAUUGUCUGGAAUGGUUUGCCCUAUAAUUGUUGGAGCAAUGACAAAGCACAAGACACGUGAAGAAUGGCAGUAUGUCUUCCUUAUUGCUGCUUUAGUGCAUUAUGCAGGAGUUAUAUUCUAUGGCAUAUUUGCUUCAGGAGAGAAACAACCUUGGGCUGACCCUGAACAGACAAGUGAAGAGAAAUGUGGUUUCAUUCAUGAAGAUGAACUUGAUGAAGAGACAGGGGACAUUACUCAGAAUUACGUAAAUUAUGGUACCACUAAGUCUUAUGGUGCUACGACCCAGGUCAAUGGUGGUUGGCCAAAUGGGUGGGAGAAGAAAGAAGAAUUUGUACAAGAGGAAGUCCAAGACUCAUUCAGCCAUAGGGAAAGAGAAGAUUAUUCAUAACAAAUCUCAAUAUUGGAUAUAUUUUGUAGUGUUUGUGAUUAAAUUCAUUGUGAUUGUUUGCACACAAAGAAUGUGGUAUAAACAUGUAAACACAUAUCAGGAAGGUCUAACUAUUUUAAAAAAAAGGUUACCAUUAAAGUGCAAUCUGUAUGAAUUGUGAUAGGUCAUCACCUCCACUCGGGUGUAUCCAUUCUAUAAACAUUAGAGUUUUAAGGGUUUACUGGUCAAAACUAUAGAGGCAACUAGAUACUUUCAGUAUACAUGAGCUAAAGCUCAAAAUUAAGGAUUAAAGCACAACAACCAACUAAGUUGGCACAUCUAAUAGUCUGUUUAGAAAGCCAAAACUACUUGAUCUUUAAAAAAUGCACUUAUAUAUUUGUUACACUGUAUUGGAAGAGAUCAUAAACUGAUUGUGUUAAGUAUACACGUUUACUCAGUAAAAUGUAGAGAUUGUGUGUUUGAUCUAAGAUAAGGACUUUCUUCAAGAAGAAAGGAUUCAGUCCUAGACGUCUAUAAGGGUUUGACACAGUUCUCUUCAAUGGGAAUUGGAUCAUGCUCUAAAAGAACUAAAUAAGGCAUACUGUAUGUUUAUUGUGAUUACAUGCUGCAGGCUACUCUGUGAUAAAUAAAGGAAUUUAUUUGGGUGUUUUAUAUCAAAUGUUUAGGCAAAAAUUCUUAUUUGUAUUCUUUACAGAAUAUAAUGAAAUUAUAGUAUGUGUCACAUUCUUCCUCACAUUUACCAACCAGUAUAAAAACAACAUAUAAUGUUCAAUCUGAAUUUUCAUACAGACUGUAAAACAACCUUUGCAAGAAAUACUUUCAGCGUAUUUUUAGUUAUAGUAAAUUACUUUGUACUGGUUGCAAAUCACUUUAGAAGAAAAAGAUAUACCCUACAAAAAUAUAUGCUCCCCUCCAGAUAAUCCAAAGUAAAAAUUACCAGGAGCAAGUAGCCCUACACAAAAUGGAUGUAUUUGUUUUGCAGAAUAUUUUGAACUAAAUGAAAGAAACAGAAAAUAAUUUAAUCAUCCUUCUUCUCUUGAUAGUUUUCCUAUUUUGU